UGGGAAGUCAAGCCUGUAGGUUUUUAAGGCCUCAAAAUUUUGCAGCUCUGGUGGUGAUAGGAAGAACUCUAUAGAGCGUUGAAACUAGAACAGAUAGAGAGAAAGAGAGAUGCCUACAGUAUGGGUAUCUCUGAGGAAGUCCCUUGACUGCAAGACUGAACCAUCUGAAGUUCAUGAGCCAAAGUCAAGGAAGCAGCAACUGAGCACCAUGUUUAACAAAGAAGGAAGCAGGUCUGGGUGCUCUAGAUCCAUAGCCAACCUCAAAGAUGUCAUCCAUGGAAGCAGGAGGCACUUGGAAAGGCCAUCAACUUGCAGUCCAAGGUCCAUUGGGAGCAAUGAGUUUCUUAAUCCUAUAACCCAUGAGGUGAUUCUCAGCAACUCAAAGUGUGAGCUUAAAAUUACUGGUUUUGGAUCUUACCAUGAGAGUCAUGAGGGUGGAGUUGAUGUCAACUAUGUGGGUACCCUUAGACCUGGCACACCAGGCCCUGGAGGGCAGUAUAACAAUCCCAUUCCUUCUAGGAAGGCUCAUUCCCUUGUGGGGUCUUCUUCUUCACUCUCUAAAGCAGUCUUUGGCAAUGGUGCUUUUGGUGUUGGUGUUCAUCAACCUCACAAUGUCAUUCCCACAGCCCCUGUUCCUCAAGGGCCUUCUCCUGUUGUCAUGUGCCACAAGUGUGGGGACUUGUUUACCAAAUGGGAGGCCUUGGAAGCUCACCAUGUCUCCAAACAUGCAGUUACUGAACUUGUAGAAGGUGACUCCUCAAGAAGGAUUGUUGAGAUAAUCUGCAGGACAAGUUGGUUAAAAACUGAGAACAGUUUUGGAAGAAUAGAGAGAGUGUUAAAGGUUCACAACAUGCAGAAAACACUUGCUCGGUUUGAAGAAUACCGGGAAAUGGUCAAGAACAGAGCAAGCAAAUUACCAAAGAAGCACCCUCGUUGUUUAGCAGAUGGCAAUGAACUACUACGCUUCUACGGAACCACAAUUGGUUGUUCUUUAGGCAUGAAUGGCUCAUCAAGUCUAUGUGUAUUAGAGAAAUGUGAUGUGUGCAGGAUCAUAAGACAUGGUUUUUCUGCAAAGAAGGAAAUGAAAGGAGGAGUUGGUGUUUUCACAAGUUCAACAAGUGGAAGAGCAUUUGAGUCUGUUGAGAUUUAUGAAGAUGCUGAUGAACGUUGCAUCAGAAAAGCAUUGCUGGUCUGUAGAGUGAUUGCUGGGAGAGUUCAUAAACCUCUUGAUAACAUCCAGGAAGUCACUUCUCAAUCAGGGUUUGAUUCAUUAGCUGGGAAAGUUGGUCUGCAUGCCAACAUUGAAGAGCUUUACUUGCUUAAUACUCGUGCGCUUUUACCAUGCUUUGUGGUAAUUUGUAAACCUUAACUAAUUCAGCCAUUUUGUAUACUUGGGUUUUUUUGUUUAGCUUUUUGAACUGCAAAUGCUAUUAGUCCCUUUUGGUACCUAUAUCAUGUCUAAAAACUAUUUGGCUGGUGAAUUAGUAGCAUGUCGCCUUCAGAGCAUGUG